GAGCGCACUUCCGCGGGCGCCGCUAUGGCGGGUGAGUGAGGGAGCGGGCCGGUCCUGCAGCCCGCCUCUGGGCGCCGCCUGCCUGGCUCCGCAGCGGGAUGGCAGAGCGCGGGAGCAGCGCGGGGCUGGGGGUGGAUCGGGGAAGGCGCGGUGAGGCGCUCUGUGGCCCUCUGUGGCCGGUGACAGGGGUCACGCUGUCCGUACUGUCCGCGUUAAAGUAUCACAUCUCGGAGUAUGCUUUUAAUAGCGUGACUUUGGUCAAAAAGUCCUGCUGAUGGUACUCCAAGAAGACCUGUCUUAUCUGUCAGUGCAAGAAAAGUUAAAGAUAAUGCAGCGGACUGGCACAACUUGAUGAUGAAAUGGGAGAGACUGAAUGAUAGUGGAUUUACUACUGCAAACAAAAUAGUCAACAUGAAGAUCAGUGAGCAACUUCAAGAUAACAAACUGGAGAUAACCUGUGAUAACAGUACCACAGAAUCUGAAAAGCCGUCUCCAAAAUACAACGAAGAGCUGGACAAUUGCUGCACAGAGUUGCUGGAGACCUUAAAAAAGAUGACAAAAAUACAGCUGAAAAUGGAAAAGCUCUCUUCGACUACCAAAGGAAUCUGUGACUUGGAAAAGUUCCACCAUGGAGGUGGGAGUUGCGCAGCACCCCUGUUUCACACAUGGCCCACAGCGUACUUCUUUGCCAUAGAACAGAAGAUUGCUGCAAAAUCAUCACUGCAGAGAUUCUUUGAAAUACAGCUCAUCGUGACACCUGAGCCCUCAAAUGCAGUUAUUAGACAGACAGUACAAAAGAGCAGUAAAAAGGAAUUGCUUACUGCAAUCAAAGUCUCAGGAAGACUGACAGAACUGUGCUUCGCAUGGUAUCUUCAUUACCUCCUUUGUGAGGUAAUGACCAUUAUUACCUCCUGAAAAAGAAAACAAUAAAAACCAAACAGAAAUACAUCACAAAAACAAAACCAAAACAACCUCUAUAAACUUAAGAACCAGACGGGUUCUUAAGUUAUUCUUAACACAUAAUGACAUCUUUCACAACCCUGCAAGAAGUACAGUGUUCUGCCUAACCAUAAUUUGACCUUCUAUUCAGGCAACCAAGCAAUAAAUAAAUAAAUGGAAUAUUAUAAGGCAGAUAAUCCCUGAAUCGUCUCACUCUCUCAUUUGAAUUCCAUGUUAGUAUGUUUUUCCCUAAUAGCUAUGAAUAUUUGGUUUAAGAACAGUUCUGCACAUUAUAGGUGCUUUUAGCUGAUUUGUCCAAUUAUCUCAGUAGUUUCAAUGAGGCAACACAUACAUUGCAUCUUAUCAGUUUUCAUUAACAUCUGCAAGAGUUCACAAGCAAAAUUAAGAUAAUGGUCAUUUAGGGCUGAUCUUUUUUACCUGAUAAGCUUUUUGAAAGAAAAGUCGGUGGGUUGGACAAGCUGCAAGAAAGCAGCCACAAAAAUAUCAUCCAAGCAUUAAAUACCACUUCACUACCACACAGGAUAGCAGUAGGUAAUAAAUAACAUAAGAACUUUCAAUCUCUGCAUAGAGAAACAGGAAUUAACAGUCAAGGCUAAUUUUUUAUUAUGAUUAAACAGUACAGAGCAGUGUAGAAUAACUAAGAAGGCCAAAGCUUAGAAUUUCUGAGAUGGAGGAGAAAAAGAAAGAUAUGAAUUUAGGAAAAAUAAUAAUACAAAUCUAAGAAUUAAAAGAGAUCAUCAGGCCCUAAAAUUUAAAAAGAAUUUGUUAUCCUAUUAAAGAAGUUCAGUAGUUUUGCACCUUCCCUUUUCUGUCCAAGUAACAGCAAGUGGUGAAUGCACAGCUGACCAUUAGGACAACAUCAGCAAGAAUAUUUGAAUGCAUUUCCUGUAGUUCAGUACAAAUCAAUUCUUGCUUGAGGCUAUUUUUUAUCUCUAACUCAGUGGAUGCUUAGCCUAGUGCUAUUUAAAUAAAGAUCAGUUAGGCUGUCACAUUGUUCCUGGAGUGCACAAGCACGGAUUGUAUUUGAAACCCCCAUUUUUCCAGGCGGAGCUGUGAACGCCAAGUCGAGAUGCUAAUGUAUUCAAACUAGCUUUAAGAAAGUGCAAAACAGCAGUUUUCUUGUAAUCUCAGCAGCACAGAAAAUGCAUACUUUCAAAUAGCUUUUAUUUUACCCAUACACAGCUUGCCAGUACACAGCACAUCACUGCCAAAAAGCAGUACAACUUACUGCAUUUUUAGAUGGCUAGAGAGAAAAGGAACUGCGUAACAAAAGGGAAUAGUGCAACAGUUUUAGGAUUGACAGAUUUCCACUUUCUAUUCCCCCCCCCCCCCCCAACAUA